ACGCUAGGCUUCCCCCGUUCCAUCGUCCCCUACCUACUGAAUCUUUUGUCGCCCCACUACCUAUCCCGUCGCCGUCGCCUAUCGAUCGAUCCUUCUCUCCACCAGAAGAAAUCCCCCACGCGUUCCGAUCAAGUUUCAGUUGUCGGAACAGGAAGAUGGGUAAAACGUGGGCGCUCAUCACCCACCUCCACGCUCUCGCAGGGCCGACUCUCACUCUGAUUUACCCUCUGUACGCGUCAAUCUGCGCGAUGGAGAGCACGUGCAAGCUGGACGACGAGCAGUGGCUGGCCUACUGGAUAAUCUACUCCUUCAUCACCCUCUUCGAAAUGGCGGCCGAGAACGUCCUCUACUGGAUACCGCUGUGGUACGAGGCGAAGCUGCUGCUGGUGGCGUGGCUGGUGCUGCCGCAGUUCAGGGGCGCCUCCUUCAUCUACGACAAGCUCGUCCGGGAGCAGCUGCGGAAGCACGGGGUGAGGCUGCACGAUCGCCACGGCCAUGGCCCCGGCGCCUACCACCACGAGCCGCACGCCCUCAACCUCAAGGCUGAGCAUGGCGCGCACUGAGGAGCCCCCUCCCUGAAACAUACGCUGUUCGUCGGAGAAGUAACCUGACCGGCCGGAGUGGUUCCCUCUUGCCGUAGAUUGGGGCAAACGGUUUGCACCAAACCGUUUGUGCUGUAACAACAUUGCGAGAACGCUAGGAAUUGCUGCAUCCACCAAUCUGUGCUCAGCAAGCUAACUCCGAUGGUCCUGAUUGUUCAGCUGGAGGCGCGCCCCUGUUCCUUGUCACGAAUAAAUCUGAACAGAAAUUGCAUUGCUGUGCAUCUCAAAUUGAACUGCAGAGAUACUUCCGACAAA